CGCACACAGUAGGUCCACACAAAGUCUGCCGUGCUGCUGCUGAAUGGCAUCAUGAACUGCAUUGGCAAUAGCAGAGAAAUGAGCUCGUCGUCUGCAAGUAUCACUAGCGGAGAAUCUACGACAACAGCGUCAAGUGUAGCGAGCAAUGACACUUGGAAUCAAACGACGUCGAAAGACGACGACGGAGAGGCGGAAUUUCGAGCUUUGCGCGUUUAUGAUUGGAAAGAUCGGAGGAGAAGGUGUAGGUUGCCAGUCAACAGGGACAGGAGUUCGUUUAGUUUGUGGAGCUUUGCCAAGUCCGUAAUCGGAUUAGACUUGACGAAAAUUACUAUGCCUGUACACUUCAAUGAGCCGCUUAGUUUCACACAGAGGAUCUGUGAGGACUUGGAGAAUGCGGAGAUUUUGCAUACAGCCCAUAAGUGCAAGUCGUCAUUGGACCGGAUCGCUCAUAUUGCAGCGUUUGCGGUUUCGUGCUUUGCUUCAGCAGAAGGAAGGUUCUACAAGCCAUUCAAUCCUCUUCUUGGUGAAACAUUCGAAUCUGUUCGUAACGAGUUUGGUUACGCUGUUCUAUCCGAGCAAGUGUGUCAUCACCCACCGAUCACUGCCAUGCAUUGUGAGGCAGAGCAUUGGAGUCUAUGGCAGGAAUACAAACUAGACAUUAGAUUUAGAGGGCAGUAUUUGAAGGUCAUACCAACUGGACUUGUUCACCUGCGAAUGAAAAGUGAUGGGACACAUUACACGUGGAGAAAGCCUGUGACUACUGUACACAACCUUAUUUUAGGAAGAUUGUGGGUUGACAAUGAGGGUGAUGUAGUGGUGACAUGCCAUCAGACACAGGAAACAGCAUCGCUGCGAUUUCAGUCGUAUAGCAAGGUGGGCAAGAGUUUCAAGGAGCUACACGGGGAAGUGAAGAACAGAAGUGGUGAUGUGGAGUACGUUAUCAAAGGAACUUGGGACAAGGGACUUGAUUGCUAUGAAGUCAAAAGUCGGAAAGGAAAGGUUAUUGAAGCUGGUCCUGUAGCUUUUCCUUUGUGGAGACUGAAAGACAGACUACCUGAUGCCCACAAGAUGUUUGGGUUCACAAGCCUUGCACUUCAGUUGAAUGAAAUGGAGGACAACAUUGCAGCUACUGACUCACGUUUGAGACCCGACAUUCAGCUAAUGGAGAAUGGACGUGUGGAUGAUGCAGGCAAGGAGAAACAUCGACUAGAAGAGAAGCAAAGAGCAGCAAAACGAUUGAGGGAUUCUGAGAAAAAGCUGUGGAAACCAAGAUGGUUCACUCCACAGUAUGACUCGGACACCAACACUACCAUUCAUCGCUACACGGGUGGAUACUGGAGAGCGAAGCUAAAGAGAGAAUUCACAAACAUCCCUGAUAUUUACUAAUUCCUUCUUCCUGAUAAUAGAUAAUAAACGACGGUGAAAUUAUUCAGAUAUCCUUCUGUUUAUAGACAAGGCCAGUAUAGGCAUAUAUGUAGGCAGUUAGUAUGGAUCUUUGCUAAUGAAGAUGAAUGUUGUGUUUUUUGGGUAUUAUAUAGACAGUGUGAGACUUUAAAGAACUAAUAAAUACACUCAAAACCUCCCUCA